AUGAGAGCAUCUGGGGGGAUGUUAACGUUGUGGGAUACUGCGGAGGUGGAGGUGUGGUCAUCGGCUAGUCAGGACCAUAUGCUCAUGAUUCAUGGUCGAUUUAUUCGAACUAAUAAGCAGUUCUAUCUUUUUAAUAUUUAUGCUCCUUGUGAUGUCCGGGCAAAACAAGAGUUAUGGACAGCCUUGUCUGUGAGAUUGCAGUUGGUAGGGGGUGCGAAAUUGUGUGUGUGCGAGGACUUUAAUGCGGUCCGGUAUGCGGAGGAAAGAAAGUUAUCAAGGGGGGGCGGUGGUGUAACUGAUUUUCAGCAGUUUAAUACGUUUAUUGAGGACAAUGGGUUGUUUGAUUUACCGCUUUGUGGCCGUCGUUUUACUUGGUUUAAAGGAGAUGGUACUUCUAUGAGUAGGAUAGACCGGUUUUUGCUAUCUGAAGAUUGGUGUGCGCAGUGGCCGAAUAGUAUUCAGGUUGCCCUUCUCAGGGGUCUAUCUGAUCAUUGUCCGCUUCAGUUGUCGGUUGAUGAGGAAAACUGGGGACCGCGUCCAACUAGAAUGCUGAAAUGUUGGCAAGACAUGCCGGGUUACAAACAGUUUGUGAAAGAUAAAUUGGAGUCCUUUCAGAUGGUGGGCUGGGGCGGUUUUGUGCUUAGAGAGAAGCUGAAAUUAAUUAAAUUGGCUCUGAAGGAGUGGCAUGAGGAUCACGCAAAAAACAUUACUGCUAAAAUUGAUUCUUUAAAAAUACGUGUGUCGGAAUUGGAUGAUAAAGCUCAUGAUAUGCAGAGGCCAGGGGUUGAAAACCUUCAGUUCAAUCAGUUAUCUUAUGCAGAAGGAAGCAGUUUAAUAAAGCCGUUUUCAGUAACAGAGAUUAAAACAGCGGUGUGGGACUGUGAUAAUUUUAAGAGUCCUGGACCGGAUGGGGUGAACUUUGGUUUCCUGAAAGAUUUCUGGGAAGAGUUGAAGGAUGAUAUUGUGCGCUUCAUUAAUGAGUUUCACAGCAAUGGUAAAUUGACUAGAGGUAUCAAUAACACUUUCAUAGCUCUCAUUCCAAAAAUUGAUAGCCCUCAACGUCUUAAUGACUUUCGACCUAUUUCUUUGGUUGGAUUUAUUUACAAAAUUCUAUCGAAGGUUCUAGCGAAUAGAUUGAAAACGGUUUUGGGAAAGGUUAUUUCGGAUUCGCAGACUGCCUUCGUGAAAAAUAGGCAAAUUCUAGAUGGAAUUUUGAUUGCUAAUGAGGUUGUCGAUGAGGCUCGCAAGGAGAAAAAGGAACUGAUAUUGUUUAAGGUGGAUUUCGAAAAGGCUUAUGAUUCGGUCAAUCGGGGAUACUUGGAUGCUGUAAUGAAAAAAAUGGCAUUCCCUGUGUUAUGGAGGAAAUGGAUAAAGGAGUGUGUGACAACAGCUACGACGUCUAUUUUAGUUAAUGGGAGCCCUACAGAUGAAUUUCCUUUACAGAGGGGCCUGCGUGAAGGGGAUCCCCUAUCUCCGUUCUUGUUCUUGAUAGUCGUUGAAGGUCUUAAUGUUAUGAUGAGUGCGGCGGUGCGGACCAAUUUGUUUAAAGGGUACGCAGUUGGUAAUGACAUGUCAGUAGUAGUUUCUCACCUUCAAUUUGCUGAUGACACUUUGUUACUUGGAGAUAAAAGUUGGGCUAAUGUCCGAGCUUUGAGGGCCGUUUUGUAUUUGUUUGAGGGGAUGUCUGGCUUGCGAGUGAAUUUUCAUAAGAGUAUGUUGGUUGGAAUUAAUAUCUCGGAUUCUUGGUUGAAUGAGGCCGUCUCUAUUUUGAAUUGCAAAGUUGGUAAAGCUCCAUUUUUGUAUCUGGGUCUUUCUAUUGGUGGUGAUCCGAAGAGGUUAGCAUUUUGGGAGCCUGUGUUGAAGACCAUUAAGUCUAGAUUAUCGGGGUGGCAAAAUCGCUUUCUCUCUUUUGGGGGUCGGUUGGUUCUACUCAAGUCUGUCCUGACCUCAUUGCCUGAGUAUGGAGGGUUAGGGGUGAGACAGUUGAGGGAGUUUAACCAUGCUUUGUUAGGUAAAUGGUGUUGGCGAAUGUUGGUGGAUAGAGGUGGUUUUUGGUAUAGGGUGCUGGUGGUGAGAUAUGGUGAGGAGGCAGGGAGGUUGGAGGUAGGGGGCCGGAGUACUUCAUCUUGGUGGAAGGAAGUAGUGAAGAUUAGGGACGGGAUGGGUGUAGAUGAGGGGAGUUGGUUUGAGGAGCGGGUUUCGAGGAAGAUUUGUUUGAUCUUGGGUGGGAGAAUGGAGGAGGGGGCGUGGAACUGGAGGAGACCUUUGUGGGUGUGGGAGGAGGAGUUGGUAGAGGAGUGUAGGAAAUUACUUAAUGGUGUGGUUUUGCAGUCUGAUAUUUCUGACAGGUGGCUUUGGGAGUCCAACAAUGAUGAUGUUUACACAGUGCGUGGGGCCUAUCAAAUCUUAACUACUAUGGACGACCCUCCAAUUGUUGGUGUCGGAGACCUUGUCUGGCAUAAGCAGGUUCCUUUGAAGGUUUCCAUUAUGGCUUGGUGUUUGCUACGGGAUAGGCUUCCAACUAAGGUCAAUCUUGUGCGGCGUGGGUGUCUGGAUGUCGAAGCAGCUGGGUGUGCAGAUGGAUGCGGUAUUGCAGAAACCGCAAAUCACUUGUUUCUUCAUUGUACUACUUUUGGCGCAGUUUGGCAGCAUAUCCGUGCGUGGAUUGGUGUGUCUGGAGCUGACCCUCAUGAUCUUAGUGACCAUUUUAUUCAGUUUAUUAAUUGCACAGGGGUGACUGCUUAG